AAUUGAAAUGACUCGAUGCCAGUUUCGCUGAUUUCAUGAAGUUUGGCUCGACUUUGGACUGAGGAGACAAUAGGGUUACGGAGUCAUGUGUGUGUCUCGUGAUCCCCAGGAGGCCUUCUUAGAAGCCUGGUUGACUCAGGGGAAUACCCUUACGCAGGUGAAUUUAUAACUGCGUAGUUUGCACGGGGCGAUUCCUCGACAAAGAAGACAGUCGUACAGACGAGUUUCUGGCCACUAGGAGCGAUCCGACAGAACCUUUGGAGAUGCGCCAGUGUAAGGGAUGUAAGGACCCGGGUGAAUGUGCGGUGUGCUACGCUGAAACACCCGUUGGCCAAAUAGUGGGACUCCUGCUGUGUGAGGAAUUCCUCAAAGCAAGGGCAGCAGAUAGGAAGGUGAUAGAAGAACUCCAGAAGAAGGUAGUGGACGAGUUGGCGAAACAGACAAUGGAAGGAGUGGGACAAGAGGCUAUUAAAGAUGUGCUCCUUGCUCUGGAGACUGCCAAAUCCCCAUGGAUGUGGUCAGCUAUUGUCACCGAGUUUGCAUCGUACUACGCCUUCAAGUACAUGUAUGCUGGAUCAUCUGAGGAAGACGCCCGCCUCUUUUCGUCUUUCAUCGGACUCAUCACUUCUGUGGUCACUGGCGGUUGUGUUGCUUGGAGUACUGUGGGACUGGUUGUUGGAGGUGUUGCCUGGGUCAUUGGCAAUGCCAUCCCCAAUCCAGUCCUCUGGAUAAUGGAAAAAUUCAACGUGAAGAUAAAAAAAGGCUGAAGACCAUCUUCGACCAAGGAUGCUUCGACUGAGUGAUAUUUGGAGUGGAGUGAUGUAGCUACAUUUUUGCCAAUGAAGCAAUUAUAUAUGUAAUUUUACAUGCGUGGUAUUAAAGCUUAUUGCUCUGCUAAUGCUCAUAUUGACAUCUGGAUAAGAUUGAUAUUGAUAUGCUGAUGAGCAUAUCUACCAAAGCACACGAACAUAGAAUGUGCAAGUUUGUAUGGGUGAUAAAAUGAUCUAAGUUUUAAAAAGGCACCGUUUCAUUAUGUUUUCCAAUAAUUUUCUUUUUUACCCCAACCCUGGAAUCUAAAAAAAAUGGCAAGUUUAUUGCACAUGUAUUGGGGCUAAAUUCAGAAUUUUACCUACUGCAGAAGAGUAAUAACAGUUAUAAAAUGCAUAUGUGCACGUAACAAUGGAUGACAUGUUCACAUGUAUAUUGUCAGUUGACUAGGAAGUAAUGAAAAAAAAAACAGAUGCAGAAAUCGUGAAAUCGUACAUGCUGAAUACUAAGAUAUAGGACGCAGCAUAAUUAUUGGCGUUUCCCCAAGAAAAUGUAGAAUGAAAGGUCAAUCAAAUGUUACUUAGGGCUGAGAAUAUACAGAUAUUUGAAUGUGUGAAUGAAAGCAUCUGUUCAUAGUAAUCGUUGUAAACACUUCAGGUCAGGUCCCGCACCUGGAAACGAGACCACAUGUCCCCCC